AUGGGUGGAUAUUGGAUAACUGGAGUAAUUCCUCUCUGUGCUACCGCCCUCUUACCGAUGCUCGCGGGUCCAAUCAUGGGUCUUCAAACUUCGGGCACUCUAUCAAGAGAGUACCUACCUAUGUCCAAUUUCCUGUUCAUUUCGAGUAUGUUCCUUGCUGGGGCAGCUGAACACUCCAAUUUGCAUAGAAGAAUUGUGAUGCUAUGUCUCAAAUGUAUGGGAGGAGAUCCAAGACUGUAA